AGUGGGUAAAGUCAUAAAAUCAAGCAAUCCCCUCAACACGAUUAGUUGGUGUAUUGGGUUUAUCAUCAAAACAAUGGAUUUACUAACUCGAUCUCACAGAAAGUCAUUUUUUGCACUGAGUUGCUUCGUAUUAUCAUUGGUUGUGGUGGAAUCAUACGACAAAGAAAUGACCGUGCACAUUGAUGCGGGCAAAAAGGAGUGUUAUUUUCACCCGGUAAAAAUGGGCGAAACAAUUGAUAUUGAAUAUCAAGUAAUCGACGGCGGUCAUGGGGAUUUAGACAUCAGCUUUUCUCUAGCGGAUCCCAUAGGUCUGAUAAUAGUGAGCGACUUCAAAAAGCCCGAAAACAUUCAUCGCCACGAUGUCCAGAAAGAGGGCGACUAUCGCUUCUGCUUCGAUAACAGUUUCAGCUCAUUCAACCGGAAAACCGUCUUCUUUGAGCUAAUUGUCGAAAAGGAGGGCGAACAGAAUCUGGGAGAUGAUCAGUGGAAUGAUGUAUUCGAAGGUUUGACACCUGAAGAAUUUUACGAGAUGAAAGUACAAGAUAUAAUGGACUAUAUUGGUCGUAUCCGUAUGCAGAUGACCAAGGCUCGGCAAAUACAAGAUAUGCUGCGUUCACAUGAAGCACGCGAUCGUAAUUUAGCUGAAACCAACUUCAUUAAAGUCAACACCUGGUCCAUGUUCCAGAUAUGCGCCAUGAUAGCUGUAGGUUUGCUGCAAGUUUUUCUGGUGCGUUCCAUAUUUGACACGAAUACUCGCAUGAGUAAAUUUUGGCAACGCAUGCAUCUGUGAAAGUGUGUCUUACUUCUUCGGUUCAUAUUGUGAUCCCAGUGAUGUCUACUACUUCUUCGGCCGCGUAUAACUUCUAACCAAAGAUUUUUUUAUUUAUAAAUUCAAAACGAAUCAGGGAUUUCGAUAUGUUUCACAACUUGAUCCCACGAAUAGUGUUCUCUCUUAUCUCUAUAUAGGUUUAAAUUCCAUGUAAAUCAUACGUGUAUUAUUAAGCAAUAACUCACUUGCCAUCACAACUACUACAUACACCAAAAACGCCCACUAGGAGUUUUCUUUCAAUCUCACGUCUCUAAAAAUUUGUUUUUGUUAGGGUCUGUUAUCAAGGCGUGUAUCUCGAAAUUGCCAUUUCUUUAUCUUGAAUGCCAUGUCAAAUCACUUUUGAUAAAAUGAAUACAAAAAAAAUAGCGAAUAGCAAUCGAUAUACAUAUGUAGGUAGAAGAAUAGAAAAUUGAUCUACUAUGUCUGCCAUAUCUAUAUAUACGUUAUUAUGACCUGGGCUUGAUUCAGAAACUUCUAUGAAAUAUAAACCCCAUGCGAAUGUAGAAUUAAUAGAAGUUUUCCCCAAAUAUACAUGUUACUCUUUGAUAUGUUCUUGGUCUUAUUGUGAAUACAAAUACAUUAUAAACAUAACAUUUA